AUGUCUGCAUCCCCGCCUGACGGCAGUCGUUCAAGCCGCAAGCUCAAAGUCCGUACUGGCUGCAUUACCUGCAAAAUCCGAAAAGUGAAGUGUGAUGAAGCGAAGCCUUCUUGCAAGCGAUGCAGCGACACCGGUCGCAAAUGCGACGGCUAUGCAGCGCUGCCAGAGAGGAAGCCGGCUAAAUUCACAACUACUGAUCGGUCUGUGGUAACAGUAGUGCAAAGAAGACCAUCACCUCCGACGCCAAUCCAGAGUCGAGCUGUUCGGAGACUUGCACCAGCAACGCUUAUUGUUGAUGCCAAUUUUCUGUCACCUGCAUUGUCAGGCGAGGAUAGUCCUUGGGUAGAGUUCUUCAGUAUGCGGACCGGGCCUGCACUUUCGAGCGUCUUCAGCCACUCUUUUUGGUCAUCCACGCUGCCUCAGCUGAGUGUUUCGGAGCCGGCCAUUCGGCAUGCCCUCAUUGCACUUGGCUCAGCACAUGCUAGGUAUGAAGCAGACGCAACGAACAAUCAGGUCCUCAAAGCUGCAGUUCGCCCCAACUUUGUAUUGUGGCAUUACACAGAAGCUAUCAAACACCUGCAAGCACGUCUAGAAGGAGAUCUAGAGGCUUCUGACGUUGCCCUACUGUGCUGCCUCUUGUUCGUCUCCCUGGAGUGUCUUCAUGGUAACCGAAUCCUGGUCAUGGAUCACCUCAAGAAUGGGUUGAACAUUCUCAGAUCAUCACAGUUGAAGGAAUUGGAGAACCCAUCAUCAUCGAAUGCGAACUCAAAGUCUAUCAAGCAGGAGGUUCGGCCACUUUUCCAUCGCCUGGAUUCUCAAACAACACUCAUGGGAUAUCCGGCCUCAAGUCUUUUCAACCACAUGGACAAAUUGCUUUCUCUUCACACCCCGAGAUCUUUCAAGGACUUUGAGCAUGCAAAGACAUCACUUGAUCUGCUUGUUGCAUCAAGCUUGGGCUUCAUUCGAGAUAUACAUGAUGGGAAACACGCCGAGAGCGGUUCAGUGUCUCUAUCAGCUCGCACAUUACAGGUACAUCUACUGAGCGAAUUUACUAUCUGGAACAAUAGUAUGGCGGAUUUUGUCAAAGCGCGACACCCAUCCACAGACGAGGACAACAAACUGGAGAAGUCACUUCGAGUACAACACACAGCCUCGUUCAUCUGGUUGUCACGAUGUACAGAGUUGGGAGAGGCUGGAUUCGAUGCUUUUCUCCCAGAAUUCGCAUCGAUAGUCAAGUGGUCGCGAUCUUUGAUGAUGCCAUCAACCGAGACGAAAGACCCUUGUUUGCACACCAGACUAGCUUCGCUUUCAAUAGAUGGUGCUGCAAAGUUUUCACUCAACAUGGCUUAUGUUCCUCCACUCUAUCUUGUGGCAAUCAAGUGCCGCGACCCAAUCACCAGACGAGAAGCAAUCUCAAUUCUGGAAGAGACAAACGGUCGUGAAGGACUCUGGGACGCACGUUUACACGCCAAAGUUGCGAGGCGACUGGUCGAAAUCGAGGAAACCAAUUUACUGAUGUCCGAAGGCGCCAAAUUCGUGUAUAUGGAACCAGGACCACUUAUGCGGAUGAUCGCAGAUGGACAAGUCAGAACGAUCGUGACGCCUCCAGAUGAACGCUUCCGAGUACACGACAUGGAUAUCAGAGAAAUCUCAGAAGGCUCACGAGGAACCUGUCAAGCCACAAUUAGAACAUGGCCCUAUGGCCUUUUGGAAGGCAAGUUCCAAUGGACCGAGACCAUUCAUUUUUGA